CGCCUCUUUACACACACCACUCACUAGAACUCUCUCGUUCCUUUCUCUCCUUUUAUAUAAGCUCUCUCUCUUUCUCUCACAAUUCUCAAUUACAUCCAAAACCCUCCUUCAUCACCAAAACUCUAAUCUUUCAUCGCUUUCUCUCUCUUUUCGAUUCAUGGCUGAAGAAGCCAAAGCCAAAGGCAACGCGGCCUUCUCAGCCGGCGACUUCCCCACGGCCAUACGCCACUUCUCCGAAGCAAUCAAUCUCGCUCCGACCAACCACGUCCUCUAUUCUAACCGAUCCGCCGCCUACGCUUCUAUCAACAAGUACUCCGAGGCCUUGACCGAUGCUAAGAAGACCGUAGAGCUCAAACCCGACUGGUCCAAGGGUUAUAGCCGACUUGGCGCGGCUCAUCUCGGCUUGGCUCACUACGACGACGCCGUUUCAGCUUACAAGAAAGGUCUCGAAUACGACCCUAACAACGAGGCUCUCAAAUCCGGCUUAGCCGAUGCUCAAGCCUCGGCUUCUCGGUCCCGCGCCGGUCCUCCGCCGCCGGGAAACAAUCUCUUCGGCGAUGCUUUCUCCGGUCCGGAGAUGUGGGCCAAGCUGACUGCGGAUCCAUCCACUAGGGCUUACCUUCAACAGCCUGAUUUCGUGAAGAUGAUGCAGGAGAUCCAGAAAAACCCUAGCAAUCUCAACCUUUACCUCAAGGACCAGAGGGUUAUGCAAGCCCUAGGGGUUUUGCUUAAUCUCAAAUUCCGUACGCCUACUUCUGAGGACACGGAGAUGCCGGAGUCUUCUCCGUCUCCUUCCUCUCCGCCGGAGAGGAAGAGAGCUGCUGAGGCUGAACCUGUGAAGGUUCCUGAGCCCGAACCCAAGCCGGACCCGAUGGAGCUGACGGAGGAAGAGAGGGAGAAGAAGGAGAGGAAGGCGCAGGCGGUGAGUGAGAAGGAAUUGGGGAAUGCUGCGUAUAAGAAGAAGGAUUUCGAUACGGCCAUCGCGCAUUAUACGAAGGCCAUGGAGUUGGAUGAUGAGGACAUUUCAUAUCUCAUGAAUCGAGCUGCUACUUAUCUCGAAAUGGGUCAGUAUGAGGAUUGUAUUAAAGACUGUGACAAGGCUGUUGAAAGGGGAAGAGAGCUUAGAUCAGACUUUAAAAUGAUAGCAAAAGCUUUGACUAGGAAGGGAAGUGCCCUGGUGAAAAUGGCAAAAACAUCAAAGGACUAUGAACCUGCUAUUGAGAGUUUCCAGAAAGCUCUCACUGAGCACCGCAACCCAGACACAUUGAAGAAACUUAAUGAUGCUGAAAAAGCAAAGAAGGAACUAGAGCAGCAAGAGUACUUUGAUCCAAAAGUAGCUGAUGAGGAACGUGAGAAAGGCAAUGAGUAUUUCAAGCAGCAGAAAUAUCCAGAGGCUAUUAAGCAUUACACAGAAUCCUUGAAAAGGAACCCAAAAGAUCCAAGGGCAUAUAGCAAUAGAGCUGCAUGCUACACAAAACUUGGGGCUUUACCAGAGGGAUUGAAGGAUGCAGAAAAGUGCAUUGAGCUUGAUCCAACCUUUUCCAAGGGUUAUAACAGAAAAGGUGCUGUCCAGUUUUUCAUGAAAGAAUAUGACAAAGCUUUGGAAACAUAUCAGGAGGGGCUGAAGCAUGAUCCUAGCAACCAGGAAUUGCUUGAUGGUGUGAAGAGAUGUGUAGAACAAAUUAACAAGGCUAGCCGUGGAGAUUUGACACCUGAUGAAUUGAAGGAGAGACAGGCCAAGGGAAUGCAGGACCCUGAAAUUCAGAACAUCCUCCAAGACCCUGUUAUGAGACAGGUGUUGAUCGAUUUCCAGGAAAAUCCCAAGGCUGCUCAAGAACACACAAAGAACCCGAUGGUGAUGAACAAGAUCCAGAAGCUGGUUAGUGCAGGAAUUGUUCAGAUCAGAUGAAUCUGAGGGGGAAGAUGUAACAUGGACGAAAGACUUCUGCGUUAGUCAGAUUGUAUUUUGUGUGAAUUAAGGGGAUAUUUAAACAAACUAAUUUGAAUUGGCAAAAUUUUGUGAUGUUCCUCAUUUUCAAAUUGUUUAGUGGAGGUCGUCGUUGUGUUUUAAAUUACA